AUGGAAAAGUCGGAAACAACAGUCGAUAUUGAGGCGGAAAAGCCGAGUCCAGUCGCCUCGGACAAAGUCGAUGCGGCGCUCGACUUCCUUCGCUCUGAGGAAACAGUCACCUUCUCGGAAGAAGAAGAGCGAAGGCUGAUUCGCAAGGUCGACUGGAUGAUCGUUCCCAUGAUGUGGGCAGUGUACUACCUCCAGUAUCAAGACAAGAUCCUGAUCAACUAUGCCUCCAUCAUGGGUUUCUUAGAAGACACAGGCAUGCGGACGAAUCAGUUCUCGAAUCUCGCACUUGUCUUCUACGUGUCGUACCUCUUUUUCGAAUUCCCAACCGGCUACCUGAUGCAGCGGCUUCCGACGGCCAAGUACCUGGGCAUGAACGCGAAGAACUACCCCGGACUGAUCGCCCUCCGCGUUCUCCUCGGCUGCUUCGAAAGCGCUGUCGCUCCCUCAUUGAUCCUCAUCACCUCCAUGUGGUAUAAACGAGACGGCACAGGCAGCAUCAUCGGCGCGCUCGUCGCCUACGGGCUCCUCUUCUACACGGGCGACGAGUUCCGCUCAUGGCAGGUGAUGUUCCUGAUCUUCGGGCUGCUAACGAUCGCGGUGGGCAUCGCCGUGAUGGUCUUCUUCCCGGACAACCCGAUGAAGUCGCGGCUGAGCCACCGCGAGAAGCUGAUCGCGGUGGAGCGGCUGCGGGCCAACCGCACAGGCAUCGAGAACAAACAGUUCAAGCUCGCGCAAUUCACGGAGGCGCUGCGCGACCCGCAGACAUACCUGAUCGCGGUGAUCGUGACGGCGAUGAACGUGCCCAACGGCGCCAUCAGCAGCUUCUCCGCCCUCCUCAUCAAGAGCUUCGGCUUCACCACCACCCAGACCCAGCUGCUGACCAUCCCCGGCGGCGUCGUCAGCCUCCUCAGCAUCUUCGCCGCCACCUACGCCGCCGGCCGCUUCGACCAGCGCUGUCUCUGUCUGGUCGCCGUGCUGGCGCUCGGCCUGCUCGGCGCCUGUCUCAUGGCCUUUGCCCAGGGCCAGGCCGCCAAGCUCGCCGGCAACUACCUCACCAACUGCGUUGGCUCCGCCCUGCCCGUCAUGUACUCCGUUGCCGGUGCUAAUGUCGCCGGCCACACGAAGAAGGUCGCCAUGAACGCUAUCGUGCUGAUGGCCUUUUGUCUGGGCAAUAUCCUCGGCCCGCUGACCUUCCGCACGGACGACGAGCCCGACUAUAUCCCCGCUAAGAUCGCCAUCGUCGCUACCGUCUCGGUGGCUAUUGUUUUCGUGCUCAUUCUCAAGGCCUACUACAUGCGGGAGAACCGCAGGCGUGAUGCCCUGGCCCAGGGUCUGGAGCACCAGGAGAACUCGGAGUUCCUGGAUCUGACGGACAAGCAGAAUCUGGAGUUUAGAACCAUCGACCGGCUCAAAUAG